GAGAGAGAGAGAGCACUGGUAGAGUGGAGGGAGAAAGAGAGCGAGAGGCAUAGAAAGGGGAAGAGAGUCCAGGCCCAAAUAAAGCCAUGGGGGCUGGGGCUGGGCUGGGCCCCCCUUUGCUAUAAAUACACUGGCCGCCUGGAGGUUCGGGUUCUGUGGUUGGAGCUCAGGACCAGCGGCCACCACUGCUGCAGCAGCCCUCCUCCGGAAAGUGUUCUCCGUGUUCUCAUCAUCAUCAUCAUCAUCAUCGCCGUUCCAGGCCGCAAAGAUGCCUCGCGUGGACUCUGACCUCAAGCUGGACUUUAAGGAUGUCCUCUUCCGACCCAAGAGGAGCAGCCUGAAGAGUCGCUCGGAGGUGGACCUUCAGAGGACCUUCACGUUCCGCAACUCCAAGCAGACUUACACCGGCAUCCCCAUCAUCGCUGCCAACAUGGACACCACGGGGACCUUUGAGAUGGCCCGGGUGCUCAGCAAACACACUCUCUUCACAGCCAUCCACAAACAUUACUCUACAGAGGACUGGAAAGACUUUGCUGCUACUCACCCAGAAUGCCUGGAGCACAUGGCCGUCAGCUCGGGGAGCGCCGCUGCAGAUCUGGAGAGGCUGUGCGCCGUUUUGGACGCCGUCCCCGCCCUUAAGUACAUCUGCCUGGACGUGGCCAACGGCUACUCCGAGUACUUUGUGGAAUGUGUCAAGACGGUCAGGGGAAAGUUUCCCAGGCACACCAUCAUGGCCGGUAACGUGGUGACGGGCGAGAUGGUGGAGGAGCUCAUCCUCGCCGGUGCUGACAUCAUCAAAGUGGGCAUCGGGCCAGGGUCCGUGUGCACCACGAGGAUCAAGACAGGAGUGGGCUACCCACAACUCAGCGCGGUCAUAGAGUGUGCAGACUCCGCCCAUGGACUCAAAGGACACAUUAUCUCUGACGGUGGCUGUAGUUGCCCCGGAGAUGUGGCUAAGGCCUUCGGUGCAGGUGCCGACUUUGUGAUGAUGGGGGGAAUGCUCGCAGGCCACGACCAGUGCACCGGAGAGCUCACCGAGAAGAACGGCAAGAAAUACAAGCUCUUCUAUGGCAUGAGCUCCGACACGGCCAUGAAGAAAUACGUGGGUGGGGUUGCUGAGUACCGGGCGUCUGAGGGACGUACCGUGGAGGUCCCUUAUAGAGGAGACGUGGAGAACACCGUCCGCGACGUGCUGGGAGGCCUCCGCUCCACCUGCACCUACGUGGGCGCCGCCAAACUCAAAGAGCUGGGCAGGAGGACCACCUUCAUACGCGUCACACAACAGUCCAGCCAAAUGUUCACUGCGUAGGACACAGACAAACAUGCAUACAUACACACGCGUGGAAGAACAUGCAUUGUCCAUGUAUUAUGUUACCAAUAGUAGGACAGAGGUGGAAAGGAGAAGGACACACACUCACACCCCAAACUGUAUAAACAGAGGGGAUAUUUUUUAAAUUUACAGUUGGUAAUACAAAAAAAGAAUGACCGAGAAGAUAAACCCAUCGCAUGUAAAGACACUCAGCAGACGGAGGCUAAUACUUGUGCUGAGAUCCUUCUGGGAUUCUGUUCUACUCAACUGUACGGUGGAAAGAACGUGCAAAAUCAAUAUGCAGGAUCCAGAGGCGUCAGCCGCUAAGAGCCACUGGAGAAACCAUGACGCAGGCAGGAGCUUUCCUCCUCAGUGGUGCUGAUCAUUUACACAACACAACAUAAUAAAGUGUGUGCAUGUGUUAUUGUUGUGCAAGAAAGAUUGAUAAGGACUUCUGAAUGUAUGCAUCAGAAACGUGACAUUAUUACACAUAGAAAAGUGUACUUCAGGGAAAAGCCCCGUAAAGAGACAUUAAAACACUGUUUAAAGUCAAUUCGAAUAUACAGUACGUGGGAAAGAAAGCAUGUAAGACUGUUUUAUUGUUAGUGCAAAGAUAGAAGAUGGUGGAAAUAAACUGAAAUUAUUAGAAAACCA